AUGUCUGGAGAAGCGUGGCUCUACCUGUUGGCGGUGUUGAUCAACGCCGUCAACCUCUUCCUCCAGGUUUUCUUCACCAUCAUGUACAGCGACUUGGAAUGUGACUACAUCAACCCUAUUGAGCUCUGCAAUCGCCUAAACGCUUAUAUCGUUCCCGAGGCGGCUGUACAUGGCUUCCUAACCUUCUUGUUCCUGAUAAACGGCUACUGGCUGGCCCUCGUCCUCAAUCUACCCCUUCUCGCCUGGAAUGCCAAGAAGAUCGUGGACAAUACCCAUUUGCUGGAUGCCACCGAAAUAUUCCGAAAAUUGAACGUCCAUAAGAAGGAGUCCUUUGCCAAACUCGCCUUCCACCUAAUCAUGUUCUUCUUCUAUCUCUACAGCAUGAUUGUGGCACUCAUCCGAGACGAGUCCUCCUAA